UAUAAAUACGCUUGGUAUUCAUUCUGUGGUUGCGGCUGCGGCUGCGGCUACGUCUGAUUCACUGAUUCGUUUGCUUCGAUUUUUAUCUAUUCUUUGUUUUGCUUUGAGUAUUCUAGUCAUUCAAGGCUCUUCGAGAGUACAGAAUGCGGCUUGACAGCAUUAUAGGCCUUUCCGUUCCGCUCUUAGCACCUUCCCUGUGUACUUAACAUACGAGUAUAAGUAGCGGGUUAAACAUUCAAGUCGCAUCCAAAUCGUGUUCGCUAUGCACAUAUUCAUUUACGUAUAUAGUAGUGUGUGAUCUUACACCCAUUACCAUGGCAAUUUCUUGUGCUCAAUUUGAUGUUUUCACACUUUCGAUCAAUCCAUUCAACAUUAACUCGCUAUCGAUUACUUCAUUUGUAAAUACUUACAUAUGUACUUAUAAUUGUACUAAGUAUUUAUACUUGCAUUAGUAUUUUUAAAUCGUUUCCUUUGGAUCAUCAGCGCUCUCAGAUCUUAUUUAUACAUAAAUAUGUAUAUGAGACAUAUACAUACAUCUCGCUUUAGCUCUUGCCGGAGGUCUUACCAACACGCUAUCGAUUACUUCAUAACUACCGCGUGUACAAACAAAUAUUGAGUAAUAUAGGGCAAUUGUUAGUGCGUAUGUGCAAAUCACUUAAGUACACAGCUGGUACUUUCACUAUCAAUGAUCGGCGUCUUAAUCGCACAUGCAGUACACUUAGAAGGGAGUUCUGCGCAGCUUCAUUCCACUAGUGACCGUGGUUUACCGCGCAAUUCAUAUCGGCCAAAUUGCUACGAAGGCAACGCGUCUUACCAGUGCAAUAUGCCGACCAUUUUCGUUACGUUACUGUGUGUAUUCUUUGCCAUCAUCCCAAUUCCAUUGUGGGCUGCGUCGCGCCAUCCAUUGCAUUCUUUGCGUUCACUCCACUGGCGCCCAUCGAAGACGCCCUGCUCCGACUAUGAAAUGCUGAUUAUCAACACGCGUUACUGCGUUUCUCGCUGUCCGAUCCGAUGCUCAAAUGGUAGCUGCUUUGAGGAUGGCGUUUGCCCGUGCGCCGACAACUAUCAAACGUCGUUCGAAAAGGAGGAGCUCAUAUGCGCCGCCGAAUGUCUAACUGGUUGUCAUAGUGCUGGAGGCUUCUGUGCAGCGCCCGAUUUGUGUCUCUGUAGUCAAGAGGGGUAUUAUUUUGAUGCGGUGGCACGCCGUUGUCGAAAAUACCAUAGCUUGAGUGAUCGUUGUUUCGGGCGUUGCUUGUAUGGAAAGUGUAACGCGAAUGGAGAGUGUAUUUGCGCACAAGGAUAUGUCUCUCAAGAGACUCUGUUCGGCCAAAUGUGUGCUCCCGUAUGCAAACAAAACUGUGGUAAAUAUGGCUUUUGCUUUUUACCGAAUAUGUGCGCUUGUCGAAAGAAAGACUAUCACUACGAAUAUGAUGGCGAGUGUCAUGCGGACUACAUACAUCUGGAGCAAUAAUGCGAGUAUUAAUUAAAUAAUAUUUUAUUUUGUCUAAUUUAGUGUACGUUAGAUUAAAAGUUAUGUUUGUGUUUAAGUAUAAAUAAAGUAGGACGUACAUAAGUAUGUAUGUAUAUAAUUUAUUACUAAUAAAUAAAGAGUAGUUGAUUAUGUGAA